CUACGAGCGUCACCCUACUUGCCUACAACGCGCGCCGCUGACGUGUCACGCGGGUCGUGAUACCACUUGUGACCAUCCUCAACGAGAGUCUUUACCAAGCCGUCGGCCCCAACGCUCAGGCAUACCAAUCGUCAGAAAGCCUUCCUGGGAGAUAGACAGAUAUAUCCAGCCAAGAUGUGGCUCUCCGACACGCAAAAGAUUGGCGUUGCAUUGACGACGUUUGGAUCGCUUUUUAUGAUGCUGGGAGUGAUGCUCUUCUUUGACGGAGCACUCCUCGCGCUCGGUAACCUCCUCUUCCUUUCCGGGCUCACGCUCAUCAUAGGCCCUCACAAGACAUUUUACUUCUUUGCGCGCAAGCAAAAACUGCGGGGAACCAUGUGUUUUCUUGGCGGCGUUCUGCUUGUCUUCCUGAAAUAUCCCUUCAUUGGGAUGAUCGUAGAAACUUUCGGUUUCUUGAACCUCUUCGGCGAUUUCUUCCCGGUAGUAUUGACGUUCCUGCGACAAUUACCCUUUAUCGGCACGCUCUUGUCCCUACCCUACGUUCGCCCCGUCGUAGAUCGUCUAGCGGGUUCCAGAGUAUCUGCAGUGUAACAACCCAUUGCCCAGCACGCGUAUGAACACACUUUACCAUCACUCGCAUCAGGGUCUUUCACGCCGUAGCACAAACACUUCGCGACGAUGGCGAA